AUAUCAAAUUCUUAUUGUAUGUACUUUCUAUUAGAGAAAAUACUUCGUUGUUAACCAUUUAUUGUAAUUAUAAUCUUCCUCUUUAAAGACCAAUAUUAUCGAUGGGGAACAAUUUUUAAUAUUUUAAUACAGUUUUAAAAUAUAUUUCAAAGCUUACAGAUGAAGAAAUUCUAUGUUGUUGUUUACAUGUAAGAAUAUGCAAUUCACUGUACAAGUCUCCUCUUUUUCUACGAGGAAUUCUCCUAAUACGUAAUUUUGAAUCAUUAUCCUGAAUAAAUCAUCAUUCAAAAGUAUCAUUUAAAAUUCAAGCUAUAUUUCUAAUUUUAUAAUGAUUACGAAUAUUGUAUUCAGGAAAAAAUUUAUUUAAUAGGCAAUUUUGCUAGGAUGAUUUGCAACAAAACGAACAGUACGUUACGCUGAGAACGCGUUUUUAAAUGUGAAAAUGAAAUUUUCGGAAGUGUAUAUGAAAAGUUCUUUGAAAAUUAGUAUUACUAGUACAGUAAUUAUAUCUCAGUAUCGUAAAAGAAAUACUGAGAGAAAUAUUUGUGCCUUUGACAAAAUUUAGUUUUCUAAUCCUUCUGUAAUUUGUGAUGCAAGAUAGAAAAGCGAACAGAUUAAAUAUAAAAAGAAAACAGAUAAUGUAUAUAUCUUUAUAGAGUUAACGAUCGACAGUCUGAUUAAAAUUAAUAACCAGCGAGGAACUUAUGCGAAAUGUUUAACAAACAUUUCGAUAGGCUUUGAAUUAUUUAAAAUAAUACAAAAAAUCAUACGUAUUAUCCUUCUCUUUAGAAGACCAAUGACUCCGACUUUUGCAAUUGAAAACUCCUGUACCAUUUGCUUUUAACGAACAGAUAACUUCAAUCAUCAAUAAAUCAAAAUAUUGAGCGAUUGAAAAAUUUAACUAUCCUAUAUUUUGUGACAACUUUUAUCAUCCACACAACAUAUGUUCUGCAUUUAUGCAAAACGAUUAUCUUUCUUAUUGCUUAUUAAAUGAUCAGUUAAUAACUUAAGCUAUAUAGUAACGAAAUUUAGCCAGAAUUAUAACUCGUAAUUAAGAAAGCAACUUAAUACCAGGUAUCAAAUAACUUUUACUUUUAAUUGGUGCUGUAUUAAUAAUUUUUCAAUUCCAUAUAUUUGUAUCACAUUUUUCAAGUUUUUGGAACAUUCUUCAAGCUUACGUUAAUCCUAAAAGGGGACUAUGUUUAACAGUAUAAAUGAAAGUCUUAAUCAGAAUAUUAUGCAGUACUAAUUAAAAGUUGAAGGAAUACAGAAUAAAUGAUACUGUAAAUAUAAAAAUACAGAGUAAUAUUUUUUUUUGCGUCGAAUGUAUGAAGGAUAGCUGAAGAAGGAAAAUCUAAUGAACCGAAUAAGGUAUAAAAGAGAAUAUACGGGAUAAGGAGAAAAAGAGAGGGAAGCUGUGAGUAGGAAAUUUCAAUUUAAAACGAAGUGCACAAAAUAAAUUUAUAAUGAUGUUGAUAUUUAACUUGUUAUAAAGAAGACAAAUGAGUGAUCUACGUUUGAUAAAAAACAAAAAUUAUCAACAGGCAUUGCACCUACUACGUCAUCGCUCAAAAGUUCGACAUCGCCUGUAAAAAUUAAUAUAAAAUAAAAACUAACGUAAGCUCAAUACAUUUCGACUGAUUUCCUCAUUCAUUGUAUCGUACAGGCCUUCAAACUUUUGAGAUGUAGUCUACGUUCAUUAUUUAACGAUUAUCGACUUUUAUUCAUUAUUUUAUUAAUACUUUACAAUAGAAGAUUUUUAUCAAAAUUCGACAAGAGCAAUACUCGCGGUCUUCCGUUUACAAGGACUAGGAAAUCUUGAUUGUAUGUACAAUAUAUAUAAUGACGAACCGAAAGUUAUUUCGCCAAUUGAUGACAAUACACGGAAGAAGCUGUGGAAUUCUUUGAUAUAUAUCUUAUGCAUAUUAAUCAAAGAGUUGAAAUACAAUAGAUUGUAAUAGUAAUUAACAAACAGCCGCGCGCGGUUAAACGAACGAAACUGUAUCCUAGAGAUAAUGAUAUAGAUCUCGCGUAUAUAACUAUAUGUAAUCUUAUCGAUACUUUGUCAAGCGCGGCGGGAAAUCUUUAUACAAAUUGUAAAAAAAAAGUAAUAGUAACACGAAUUUUAUAUCAACGAUGAACUGACUUGCACUCUACAAUAAUCCCGUUUUUGAGAAUAUUACUCCGUAUUUCAUUUGCAAUUGUUUAAACGGCAGGGAGACGUGUGAUUUUGGUUUUAACGCAAAUAAACGGUUAUCUUAUUGUAAAGAAAGAAGUACUUGAUCAAUCAAGUCAGUUGAUCGGAAAGAAAAAGACAGGUGUCGUGAAAGUGUAAUCGUAAAAGGAUGUUUCAUAUUCCCAAUAUAGAGAGAUGGCUAUUUAAACGUAAUUAGAGGGUAGUUUUAUACAUAAAACUGGAUCAUUAUAAAAUAAACCAAUUUUUAUAAUGCACUGCGUUUUGUUAUCCUUCACUGGUAAAUAAAUACGUUUACUUACUUGAAAUCUCAUAUUACUACGUAUCUUAGAUCUGAUUAGUAAACAAUGUAAUAUUCUGAAAGUCAAAUAUAAUAUCAAGACGGUUAGAUUUAAUUAAGUCGAUGAAUUUUGAUCUGAAGGAAGUACAUAAAUAAUAUAAAUUAAAUUUGUUAAACGAAGUGAAUAUAAUGAGCAAUUCGAGGAGUAGUUCUUUUGAUUCAAUAUAUAGCGAAGAAUUGAGCUCAGGGGUAAAUUUAAAUGAUGCAAUACUAAUGUCAAUCAGUGAAGAUAUGUCACCCGACUCGAAUGAUGGACAUUUUUUCAAUAUGUGUGAUUCAAUUUCCAUAAUGAGAAAUGUUGACAGAGAUCUUGGUAUAUCGAAGAAUACGAAUCAGGCUGAAAAUUGUUCAAGUUUGUUUGAACUUAGUGAUAAUACAACUUUCAUGUCUUUACCUCCCAUAAAUCAAUUACAUCACGAAAAUAACAAAACUGCUUCUAAUCUGAUGCAAAAUUCCAUUAAUGUACGUAAUUCAAGAGAAGAAAAUCGUGAAACCAAUAAACGUGGACCAUUAAGUGAACAACUAAAACGUAUAUUUAAAGAAAUUUUAGAGAAACAUGCCAUUCCCAAAUCGAGUACAAGCAAUUCUAAUGAAAGUGAGAAUUCUUUACUAUAUAAAAUCAAUUUGCAAAUUGAAAAGUUGAACCAAAUUGACAUAAAUAAUAAUAAUCCAGUACAUGAAAUGGCCGAAGCUAAUGAUCGAUUAGUUAUGGAACCGAUGAGAAGCUUACAGAAUACCUCAUACCAGGAAUCAGUAUUCUUUUUAAACAAAUAUUUUCCAAGAGAAUUAGUUACUAUAUUAGAAAACUCCUAUGAAAGUAGUACUAAUUCACAGUUAGAAAAUUCCUCUGAGUGGACUGGAAGGUGUAUAGGCAGAUUAAGAAUGGAUACUCUUGAAUUUUAAAAAAACUAAAAGAGAAUUAUUAUGCAAGAGAUAUGUUAAAUAGUGAAAAUAUUGCCCCGUCAAAUUUUUAAGAUGAAAUCACGAAAACUUUUUGAAAAGCAAAUCAAUUUUAGCACACUAAUAAGAAGAAAUGCGGAAUUGUGAGAAGCUUGAUUAUUCAAAAG